AGCUUUUAAUCUCAAACAAUUCGCAUGCAGGGGAUUGUUGGAUUUGGUAUUGGUCUAGCCGCGAUGGGAAAUAGGGCAGUCGCGGAAAUUCAGUUUGCAGAUUACAUUCCUGCUUUCGAUCAGAUUGUUAAUGAAGCUGCUAAGUUCAGAUAUCGUAGUGGGAAUCAGUUUAACUGUGGAGGCUUAACAAUAAGAGCACCUUAUGGAGCAGUAGGACAUGGGGGGCAUUAUCAUUCACAAUCCCCAGAAGCAUUCUUCUGUCAUGUCCCUGGUAUCAAAGUAUGGCUUUCCCCAAGUCAAGCCAAAGGACUAUUACUCUCGUGCAUACGUGAUCCAAAUCCUAUUGUCUUUUUUGAACCGAAGUGGCUGUAUCGUUUGGCUGUCGAAGAGGUUCCUGAACAUGAUUACAUGUUGCCAUUGUCAGAGGCAGAGGUGAUUCGUGAAGGCACGGACAUAACAUUGGUUGGAUGGGGAGCUCAGCUUUCCGUCAUGGAAGAAGCCUGCCUUGAUGCUGAAAACGAUGGGAUCUCUUGUGAACUGAUAGACCUCAAAACUCUAUUACCCUGGGAUAAGGAGACAGUGGAGGCAUCUGUCAGGAAAACUGGAAGACUUCUGAUUAGUCAUGAAGCUCCUGUAACUGGAGGUUUUGGUGCUGAAAUCUCUGCUUCAAUUGUCGAAAGAUGCUUCUUAAGACUACAAGCCCCAGUUGCCAGAAUCUGUGGUCUGGACACCCCCUUUCCCCUAGUUUUUGAACCAUUCUAUUUGCCCACCAAAAAUAAGAUACUGGAUGCCAUAAAAUCAACUGUAAAUUACUAAUGGGUACUUGGCUCUCAUUGUUCACUCCGGUCCUAUGCCAUGAUAUGAUGUGCAUAACAAAUUGAGACUGGCAAAAUUUUAAAAACCAGUUGUUCAAUACUUCAUGCCUGAAGAUUUAGCUGUAACAAACCCUGCUAUAUGUGGAAGUGCCCAUGAAUGAUUUUUCGGGGUAGUACAUGGCUGGGAUAAGGAGUUUGUCUUUCCUUGCCUUUGGUUUAACCCUAUUCAACUCUUGUUAACGUAUCUGUAGAUUCUAUAUGGAGUAGUAACUCUGGUCAAAUAAAACAAAAUAAAAGAUUCUCGCACUUGACAGUUCGACUCGUA